CUACUGCUUCACAAAACCACAAAUCCCAGGGUUCUGUGGGAUAGAGCCACGGCAGCUAAAGUGUUGUCAAACUGCAUCAUUUCUACAGUGUGGAUGCACCCUCUGAAGUAACAACUGAGGCAAGGGUGAAGUCCUUUUAAGAAUUAGAUAGUUCAGCCUUUGCAGCCUGGCUUCAUCUGGGAUGCUAGGAAGGGAUUUUGGGUCACUACAAGCAGUUUCUAGUGAAGCCUGGACUCUGGUACCUUUUUUGCAAGGUUUGGGUGAUGGCAGACGGACACAGCCAGGAGGUGGGAAAUAACCAUACAUUAGAAAGAUGCCAAUCCAGCCUCUGCUUAAAGGCCUCCAAAGAUGGAGAGUUGCCCAGCCUCAGAGGCAGCUGGUUCUACUGUCAAGCAGCUUCUAUAUUCAGAAACUCUUCCUAACAUUUAGGAGGAAUCUCUUCUCUUGCCAUUUGAAUCCACUGGUUCUCAUCCUAGUGUCAGAACCAGCCUUCUACUGGAGAUCCCUUCAAGUUUUUAAAGAUGGCUCCAUCCCAUCCCCGUUCUCUGUUUCCUCUCCUCCAAACUAAACCCCGCAGCUCCCUUACCUGUUUGGCAGAGGGCUUGAGUGGCUUCUCCAGACCUUUGACCGUUGGGCUGCCCUUCCCGGGACACGUUCCAGCUUAUCAAUAUCCUUCUUGGACUGUGGAGCCCAGGGAUGGACACGACUGGCUCCCAGAGAGGUCUGAUCCAAGCAGAAAGCGGCAAGGAGGUUCAGUGGUUUCACCUGGCAGAAAGAAAGCUCUCCAGAAUGCGGAGUGCCUCUUUGGGUUUGUCAGCCAGCCCAGCACUCCCUUUGUUUCUAUCCCUUCAAGGCAGUUGACUGCAUCAAAAAAGACGGGUUCUUCUUGCCAGAGGGGAGAAGUGGCAGAGACAAUGCCACGCCAAUUAGAGGCCGUCUUGAUCCCGGGAAAUGCUUCCCCAGCCAGUAGGGAGCCGUCCUCCUUCGCCAGACACAAGGUACAGCCGGUGCAGGCAAGCCUUGGCAUUGCCAGGAUGAGCCCCAGGCAAAGGGCCAGUGCCACUCUCGCUCACCUGGCGUGUCCAGAAGGGAAAUGUCAUGCCAGCCACGUUGCAAGCAAGUGAACAGCCAUGAAGCAAUCGCAUAUUGGUAUUCCAGACACUUUGGCGUUCGGGUUAUUGUUCUUGUUGUCGUGCCACUCUGUUUCCAAUUUAUGGCAACCGUGGAUCGAGGGAUGACAAGGCAAGAUUUGCCACUGGUUGUGGGCAGUGGGCAUAAGGUUCCUUUCUUUUUAACAACCAACCAAUCUAUCAAUCCUUCUAUAGCCGGGUUCCUCCCUGUAAUCCUUGUGCCCCUGAUUUACGGCUGCUUUUCUGUUGAGUGUCGGUCAUCUCUGGACCGACAGCAACCUGGUUUGCUAAAUGAAAUAAACAAGACACACACAGACCCUGCCUCAAACCCCGGAGAGCCAGCCAGAUUCCCAGGGCUGAGGCUCAGUAGGCCUCUCUUCCCUACACAAGGGCCCCAAACAAAGGCAGCAGGAAGUCCCCUUUGGAUAACAGGUGCCUCGUUCAAAUUAUUACUAUCCCUGCAGCCUGUUUCAAAUUGCCACUCGCAGAGGUUGCUGGGAGAGGCACUUCACCCUUUUCAUGAAAAGGGGCUUUCUGGGGAGGUUCAAGCGUGAUGCAGCGGCCAAAAAGGCCAAUGCGAUUCUGGGCUGUUUCAACAGGGGGAUCGUGUCCAGAGAAAGGGAAGUGGUAAUACUCCUCUGUUCUG